AUGGCAACUACUACAAUUAAGGAUGAAAAUUCUGUUAUUUCUUCUUCAGAAAAUCCUCACCAGUUAAAUGGUGAUUUAACAGAAACUCCAACACAGCAAAUAAAAACAACAACUACUGAAGAAUCAAAAGAAGAAAUUGUCUUUCAAAAAAAUAAUUUACUUCAAAAACUUCGUGAUUUAUUUAAAAAUGAAGAAAUUUUGGGACAAAAGGAACAUAUUGAUGCUUAUAUUUUGCCUAGAACGGAUGCACAUAAUAAUGAAUAUAUUAAUGAAAGGGAUCAGCGUGUAAAAUUUAUUAGCGGAUUUUCUGGUUCUAAUGCAUGGGUUAUUGUUACAAAGGAAAAUGCACUUUUAUGGACUGAUGGACGUUAUUAUAUUCAGGCAAAAUCAGAACUUUACGAAGGAUGGACAUUAAUGAAAUUGACUGGGCCAGAUUCUAUUAUGCCUAGUGAUUGGAUUAUCCAAAAUUUAGAAAAUGGUUCUAAAAUUGGUUUUGACCCAAAAUUAUUUAAUUUUGAAAGAGCAAAAAAUUUUAACAAAAAAUUAAAAAAUUAUGGAAUUAUUUGUACUCCAAUCAUUAAAAAUUUGGUUGAUAUUUUAUGGAUAGACAGACCAACAGAAUUGUUACAAAAAUUAUUUAUCCUUCCAAUUGAAGAAUGCGGCGAAGAAAUUAAUUCAAAAUUGGGUAGAAUAAGGGAAGAAAUGAAAAAACAGAAAUGUGAUUCUCUUCUGCUGAGUUGUUUGGAUGAUAUUGCUUGCAAGUUUUUUUUAAUUUGUUUGACAUUUUUGGAAGGUGACAAAUAGUCCCUGCUAGGGGUGCCUUUUCGUCUCUGGUCGAAUUUUCGUUUCUGUUCUGGUGCACUCCUGGUCCCUCCCCGUAAGCUCGUCAAGGGUAUUUUUGUCUCGAAAAACCUCAAGUAUUUAAAAAU